UUAAAACUGAAACAGGUAUUACCAUUGAAACAAAAGAUGAAUAUCAUGGCAAAUAUAAAAGUAUUGUUAUAUUUGAUCGUGAAAAAUUAAUUUCUAUACCAUUAACAACAACAAUGACAACAACAAUAACAAAAUCAUCUAAUGGAAAAUCAGAUAUAACAAUUAAACCAAAACCUGCAGGAGAUAAUUAUUAUCAACAAUUAUUAAAUGAUGGUUUUAUUGUUAAAUUAACAUAUAAUAAUGAAGAAAGAGGUUUACGCAAAAUAAAUAUACUUAGUGAUGUAAAUGACGUACGAUCAAAUGCACUUGAUAGUUCAUCAACAAAGACGAUACAAAAUCUGUCAACAUUUAUUAUCUUAUUAUCAUUUUUACCUGUUCUCUAUAUGAUACAAUUUCAUUGA